AUGCGUCCAUGUACUCAGAGUUUGGGUAAUUAUGAUGGUGAAUUUGCUAGUUAUCCGGCUGAAGCUCUACAGAAUUAUAAUCUAUUUCCUAGUAGCUUUUUUGUUCACAGUGGAUUUCAGUUCACUUGGCCCAACAUCCUCACCGGGCAGAAAAAUAAUGUUGAAACAACAGGCCAAACAAUUGCAUGCAAUGGCGCGAAUGCUUCGGCCUUGGGUAUGAUUGGAAGUGCUGAACAAGGAGCAUCAUCGGGUCCACUUAGCAUCCAGUACACGGAUGGUACCACACAAAACGCUACGCUAGCAUUUCCGGAUUCGACAGACGCAAAUCCUCCAGCAGGUACAGAUACUGUCGCACAAGGCGGACGCUAUAAAUGCAAUCCUAGUUGCGUCAAUGAAACCGUCAUUGUUAGUCUAUAUCUCAUAUCAUUCCCGUUGGAUUCAUCACGAUUACUUCAGUCAAUAACACUGUCGAGUAAUACUCAUUUGCACAUAUUUGCAUUGGGAACACCUUGCAAUACCCGAUAA